AAGACUAGACAUCCUUGACCUUGGGUCUUGAAGUGAAGACUUUCUGUUGGUGAACGUGAGCUGUGGAUGACUGCCAAGCAGUUCGAGCCAGCUGCUUACCUUGAGCUUAGGUUAUUGGGCAAGAGAAACCUAUGUUGAUUAGCAUGGCUGUUGCUGGAAGGCAGGCUAGGAAGCUCGGCGCUACGUGCAGCAGUGUAUGGAGGUGUUCAUCAACAACGACACCAGCUGAAAGCAAGCGGGUUGAGAAGUCUAUGAUAGGACCGCCACAUCCUGUGUCUAACAUCAGCCCAAUUAUCCUGGCUCAGCCGGAGAAUGAGACGGGACAGGAGAGGCAAUUGCGGCUGCAUCAUUUAGCAAUGAAUGAUCGCAAUCACCAGUUCUGGCUGGCGCACAACAUGCAGUUUGAACAGGAUAAAGAAACGUUCAAGACUCGCCGGCUCAAGGGUGGUGAAGCAGUGUUGACUGAAAGCGGGGCUCUCUCACCGGAUGAGUUUGCGACAUUUUACAAGGAUUUCUUGGUCAGCAAGAAGGCAUCACUGCGCGAAUACAACAGAGCCUGGCUUCGUGAUAUCACUACGUUCAUGUGGCUAUCACUCAAGGUCAAAACACAGAAAUUGCUGUUCUGGAAGAGAUGAAUGGCUUGGAUGUAUUCGGUUCCCUGGCAGACUCAAGAGUUAUGCGAGUGGCUGGACGAUGCAUGCAACAUCAGCAGCAGCAGCACCUCACCCAGAUGCUGACUGUGCGCUGGCUACGGUGUGAGGCAGAAGCAGUAGCCGAGCGCAGGCCAGUAACAUCAAGCGGCGGAAUUCCAGAGCCCGUCACCAGCGUCUACAUGGUGAGGGCAAUUCUGCAGCUGAUGCUUAUGCUGACAUUUUGAUUGGAUUGUGGUGGCACUGGUCUCUCACACUAGAACCCACGUAUCACUUCACCCAGUGGCUGCAGCAGCAGCAGUGAAAGGAUCAGAUGGUGACGCCAAUCCAUCUCUGAACAGCUCGACAACAGGUCAGCCGCAGCGCAACAGGGCAUACCUUCCCGCUGGGCUGGCAUCUUGUAUUCAUCGUCAGAUUUUCUUGAUAUGUUUGCCAUGAACAGACCACACGUGCUGCCCACAGCUUAGUGGGGAGUUGCUUAGUGGGGAGUUGCUACAACUAACACCACACAUCCAGUGAUAUGCUGCUGCUGCUGAGGAUGGGAUGUCCGCACUUCCCCGAGGCAUUUUAGAUGCAAUGUUCAUUCUAUUAUAUUACUCAAGGCUCAAUAUAUAGACCCAAUUCCGAUAAAUCAGUGCUUGUAGCACGUUACAUAAACUUUCUUUAUACAUGUACACGCCAAUAUGAAGCUCCUGUCUGUUCCUAUUUUUUUAGAAUCCAAUUUAUAAUCCCUGUUGAGGUGGCGGCUGGCACGACAACCUCUGGUAGCUUUCUUGUAUGAUUACUUGGCAGCAGUACCUGUAUCCACUGUAUUCGCAUUCAUAACAAUAUUAUACUGAUGUUCUUAACGAGGCUGAUCAUGCCGUGAGUGCACACCAGAAGUGGUCUUGCUGAAACUCGUGAACGGUCCACAUUAAUUGAAGGCAUGACUCGUGUUCUCCAUGAGUUUCAAACACCUCCGCCAUACACAGCAAUCUUGAAUCACAUGCUCGCUGCCCCUAAGGGGCCAUCCAA